AAAGAAAAAGAAAAAUAAACCAGACAAAGGAAAGACAAAUCUCCUCUCUCUCACACACACACACGCAAGUUAAGCAAGCAUUAUAUAUAUAUAUAUAUAUAGAUAUAUAUAUUAUCUUUUAAAAUUACUCGGCAAAUAAUCCAGAGAUAUGGAAGACCUAAUGAUCUCACCAUCUUCAUCUUCUUCUCUUAUCUCUUUGUCAACCCAUGAAGCUUCCCCACCGACUCUUCAACAGAGGCUUCAGUUCAUCGUCAAAAGCCAGCCAGAUUGGUGGGCCUACGCCAUUUUCUGGCAAACCUCAAACGACGACAACGGGAGGCUCUUCUUGGCUUGGGGAGAUGGCCAUUUCCAAGGCGUCAAAGACACAAUAUCUCCUAUAAACAGCAACAGCAGCAACAACAACAAUCAUUACUCGGCCGUUUCCGCCGGGAUACACGCCGAGCGGAGGAAAAUGCUCAAGGGAAUCCAAUCCCUCAUCAACGACAACAACCUUCCCGACAUCGAUAACAUCAUGGCCAUAAAUGGUGACGUCACUGACGCCGAGUGGUUCUAUGUCAUGUCCCUCACUCGCUCGUUCUUAGCGGGCGACGGGGUGCCCGGCAAGGCGUUUAGCACCGGCUCUCUGGUGUGGUUGACCGGCGUUCAUGAGCUACAGUUCUACAAUUGCGAAAGAGCCAAAGAAGCCCAAAUGCAUGGGAUUGAGACCUUGGUCUGUAUCCCGACUUCUACCGGAGUUCUAGAACUGGGAUCCUCCGAAAUAAUAAGGGAGAACUGGUGUUUAGUCCAGCAGGUCAAAUCCUUAUUUGGGUCCGAUCUGUAUACGAAUCAAAACGACACAGGGCCAAUACAGUUUCUCAACGGAAACAUAUCCUUCGCGGACAUUGGCAUAAUAGCCGGUGUCCAAGAGGAGGAUAAGUACUCCCCCGACGAGAUCAAGAAAAAGGAAACCCUCGAUUUGAUGAUGAUGAAGAAGAGGAAGAAGAAAGAAGGCAAUAGUGCUUAUGUCGACUCGGAGCAUUCGGACUCAGACUGCCCUUUAAUCACCGUCAACAACAACAACAACAACAACAUAAGUACCGGAGAGAAACGUGCUCCGAAGAAACGAGGCAGGAAACCGGGGCUCGGCCGCGACACGCCGCUGAACCACGUGGAGGCGGAGCGGCAGCGGCGGGAGAAGCUGAACCACCGGUUCUACGCGCUGCGGGCGGUGGUCCCGAACGUGUCGAGGAUGGACAAGGCGUCACUGUUAUCCGACGCCGUUUCGUACAUCAACGAGCUCAAAGCAAAGAUAGACGAUUUGGAGUCGCAGCUGCAGAGGGACCAGAGCAACAAGAAAGUGAAGCUCGAGGCAGCCGACACCAUGAGCUUGGACAACCAGAGCACGACCACUUCGGUCGACCAAACCAAACCGCCCAACAGCAACAGCAGCAGCAACAAGAGCAACAAUAUAAAUUCUGUUACCGGCAACAUUAAUGGCCUCGAAAUCGAGGUCAAAAUUAUCGGAACAGACGCAAUGAUUAGGGUUCAGUCAGAAAACGUGAACUACCCAUCGGCUAGGCUAAUGGGUGCGUUGCGUGACCUAGAGUUUCAAGUCCACCAUGCCAGUGUGUCCAGCAUCAAUGACCUAAUGCUUCAGGACGUUGUUGUGAAGAUUCCAGAAGGAAUUGUACUGAUGAGGACCCAGGAGGGUCUCAAAUCCGCUCUUCUCAGAAGAUUAGAGCAGUAAUUAAAAGUACUUAUGAUCAUAAUCAUGCUUAAUGUUUGUCACGGCAGCUUUUGAUUUCUUUUAUUUGUUUAAGCUUCUUGUUAAUUAUCACGGUCAUGGUCCUUUUUUUUUUUUCCUUUGUGAAAUAUAUUACCGUGGAGAUGAUGAUGAUGA